GUCGGAGCAGCUGCCGACACAUCCCCUCGACACAGCAAUUGUGCAUUUUGUGCCAUGUCGACGAAAUCCUCUCCUGACCCUGGUCCGUCGGGCCAGGAAACAGUUUUCCACGAGGCUCUCGAACGAUUCAAAGCCUCUCUUAGCGACAAUGAUAGAGAGGACUUCCAGUUUGUUACGUUGGACGAUCUACAAGCUGCCAUCGCCGCUAUUCAAGAAAAGCAGGCAUCUGAGAAGAAAAUGAGAAAUUUAACACGUCUCAAGAAGUUUCUGGAAGCAAUGGAUGAAUAUGGAAAAGUUCUUGAGAUUUUUCUUAAUAAUUCACAAUUCAUUGCCUUUGUUUGGGGUCCUAUGAAGUUUCUUCUACUGGUCGCAAACACCUACACUCAAGCAUUUGAUGCUCUUGUGGAAAUGUAUCAGGCCAUCGGUGAGCAACUGCCUCUGCUGGCCCAAUAUCAGGCUCUCUUCCAAGCGAACCCGUAUAUGAGAAGAGUGCUUGAAUUGAUAUAUUGGGACAUUCUUGAGUUCCACACCAAAGCCUUGAAGUAUUUCAAGCAAAAAGUGUGGAGACAACUUUUUCAGGCAACUUGGAAAACUUUUCGAACACGAUUUUCUGGAAUUCUCGACAAUUUGAGACGUCAUAAGCUACUCGUAGAAAGUCAAGCAAGCUUAACACAGUUCGAAGAAUUUGAAAGGGCUCGUGUUACAGCAAAAGAAGAGUUCAGGGCCAUGAGAGAUAACGAAGGAAAGAGACGAAAGAUUGCAGUUCGUGAUUGGCUAGGUGCCGCAAGCAGUGAAGCUGACCAAGAAAAUUAUGCAAACGUACGACUUCAGUAUCCUGGAACUGGACGGUGGUUGCUUCAAAUACAGCACGUGCAAGCUUGGCUCGAUCCUAAUUCUUCUUCUAUUCCUUUGCUCUGGCUAACCGGGAUCCCUGGUGCCGGUAAAACAAUCCUAACCUCACUUCUCGUUGACGAGGCGCGCAAACUAUCUUCUAUAAAGGUGGUUUUUUUCUACUGCAAACACCAUGAUUCACAGCGCGAUUCUUUUCUUGCAGUUGCCCGGAGUAUGUUGUGGCAGCUUCUUCAGCAUAGCGAGAAGCCUCAGCUUGACGAGAGUCUCCUAGCAUACUUCUACGAAAAUGCCUCAACAUCCGGAGAGAGCCUAUUAAACUCAAUCAACAAUGCCAAAGAUAUGCUCGACAUCGCUCUACGAAAGUUUGAUAAAGUCUACAUAAUUCUUGACGGCUUAGACGAGUGCCCAAUAAAAGAAAAGAAGCUGAUUGCCUCUUGGUUUCGCAACGUUGUUGAUAGUAUCUCUGAGGAUGAGCCGAAAGCAAUGCGUUGUCUCUUUGUCAGCCAGGAUGAUAAUGAUUGCGGCAAGCUUUUCAGCGGUAUUCCGAUCUCCAAAAUCUCUAGCAUUGAGAACAGCUCGGAUAUUUUGGUUUUCUGUCAAUCUUGGGCAAAAAAUAUACGGCAAAAAUUUCGCUUGUCAGAAGCUGAAGAGGGUUCUAUCGCGAUCAAAGUUACUCAAAGAGCAGAUGGGAUGUUCUUAUUUGCGAGACUGGUCAUGACAAACCUUUUUGGUCAAACCUCACGAGCGAGACUAGAUAGGGAGCUCGAAGCAGAAAGGUUUCCUAAGGGACUAGUAGAGGCGUAUGCUCGUAUUCUGGACCGAAUCCUUAUGGAAGCAGAAGAAGCCGAAACUGAUGACGCUGCGAAGCUUCUGGGAUGGCUAGUCUGCGCAAGGCGAUCUCUAAAAUGGCACGAAAUACAAGGCGCGAUUUCUGUGGACUUGGAAAAUCGAUCCAUCGACUUUAAGGACCGCCAGCUGUGUGUCGAUUCGAAGGACCUCUGUGGAUCGUUGGUUGAUAUCAGUUCGAGCGGUGUCAUCAGCCUUGUCCAUACAACUGCGAGGCAUUACCUCAUCAGCCAAAAGGUCGUUCUUCCCAACAAAGAAGACUACAACCUCGCUGUCCUAUGCCUCUGCUAUCUUAGUAACGACUGCUUCGACAUUUCUAGAACCUCAGAAGCUGUCGAAAACCACGUUCUCGAAGGUUGCUAUGCAUUCUUAGAUUACGCCAUAGUCCACUGGCUGGAUCACCUCGAACGUUGCGUUGUUGAGUUAGACAAACCCAGUACUGGCUCGACCGAAUUACUGGGAGCCGAAAUUCGUGAGUUUCUUAGAAAGCACUUCUCAGCCGAGGAUCCCGGAGACACCAUCUCGAAAGUAACGCGAGAGAGAUUCCAUGUUUUCGAGAAGUAUGAAUUUUUCAGCUGCUUAGGUAGAGCCGUCGAAUACUGGAAGAACUGCAUGCAAACGAAGGCUCAGAAGUCGAACAACGCUCGCAUUUUGGAUUUGGACGUUGUCCUCGGCAGAAUCAGAUCAACUAUAGACGACCUGGGCUCGAGGCAACUGUCCACUUCUUUGCCGCAGAAACUCCGAACCUUUGGUGGAACUAAAAUCUUUAAAUGCGCUAAAUACAACUGUGAAUACUUCUAUGGAGGCUUCGAAACCAUCCAGGAACGCGACCGGCAUAAUAGUAGGCAUGACCGAACCUAUUACUGUACUUUUCCUGGCUGUCCUAAGGCCAUCUUUGGUUUUGAAGAUUCCAAAGCACUUCAGCAACAUUCCACAGGUGAUCAUCUCGCUGGACAUAUGGACGAUUCGAAAUACCCAGUGUACCAAGAACCUAAGUCCAUAGAUGUAGAACUAGCUAUCAAGGCGGGAGAUAUCGCCGCAGUUGAGCGCUGGGCUCAGCAGUUUGAUGGCUGUAUUCCUGACAAUUUUGCUGGCAUCCACCGAGCGGACAAAAAACAUAUAGCCAAAAUAGGAGGUCGCAGGCCCUUUUAUUAUACGCUCCAAAGAGACGACCCUGAGAUCGCCAAGUUCUUUCUCGGAAAUAUUUUGUCGCCAGGUGAAUUGGGAUUCGCAAUUAUCUAUGCUAUUAUGAAAGACGGAAAUAAGAGUCUCCUCACUUGGGCCGUCGAAAUACCUAUGGACGAAGUGGAUCCACGUCAAGCUUAUCCGCCAAUUUCGUUAGCAAUUACUCGUGGCGACGAUCUCACAGCAUUACGAUUGCUAAAACUUCUCAGCUCCAAAAGCCCUAGGGAUCUGAUCCCAUCAAAAAGAAUAUCGUAUGUCCCUCUGGCAGGUCGAUUCAACUGUCUAUUAAGCCUUCAAUACUUAAUUAUUGACUGCAAGAUGGACGCCGAUGCCGUAGACGGCCGCCAAAGAACAGCCUUGAUAGCUGCUGCCGAAUUGGGCCACACAAGUAUAAUCAAGCUGCUCGUAGACGGUAGCCAAUGCAAUAUCAGUUUCAAAAAUAGCAGAAACGAAACUGCUUUGUCUAAAGCAGCCGCCAACGGACACGACCAUGCCAUUCGAAUUCUGUUUCCCGAGCACCCAGUGCCAGAUCAUGUCAUGCCAUGGCUGAAAGUUUCCCAGCUUCGAAAUGCCGCCCGCAGUGGGAACACUGAAGAAAUUAUCCGCCUUUUAGAAGACGACGGAAUCUCGGUUAAUGUGGCAGACGUGGAUCAUUAUACUCCACUUCUUCAUGCGGUGGAGAAUGGGCAUUACUCUGUUGUCUGUGCGCUUUUGGGUCAUCGAGGAAACAGUAUCGAUGUCAACUAUAAAUGCAACUGUCACCAUCCACAAGUAAAUUCUGGAGAUAGGCGUAGGAUAUCAAAUGGUGCAACUGCUUUAAUCCUAGGAACAAUUCAUGGACAUGUUUCCAUUGUUCGUAGGCUUUUGCAGUGUGAGGGCAUCAACACAAAAGAUGCAGUGUCUCUUACGCAGCUGGGCUGGUUUACUGCCCUCGAGCUUGCAGAGUACAACAAAGAGGCGGAAAUUACGGCACUACUCCAAAACCCUGCAACUUCCGUGAGGGUUGAAUCCCCACCCGCUCUUGUGACAGGGGAAAUUUUAGAAGCAAAUCAGAGCUUAGCCGAAGAUUUUUACAACGCGAUAAGUCGGGACGAUGUUUCCGACGAUUUCGAUUUGGAUACAUUCUUACACCAGGACGCUAACUUAGAUGACAACUUAGAUGCCAACUUCGAUCUGGACACAUUCUUGCAACAGGACGCCAACUUAGAUGCCAACUUCGAUCUGGACACAUUCUUACAACAGGACGCCAACUUAGAUGCCAACUUCGAUCUGGACACAUUCUUACAACAGGACGCCAACUUAGACGUUGAUUUCGGAUUUGACCUCUUCCCGCCAACUGGUAUCAGUGACAAUACAUAUGGCUUUGGACCUGCUACUCCUGCAGAAGGAUUCUAAGCG